CACAGUCAUGUCACCCACCGGAAAUGUCAUAUUAAACCCUCGCAUAGCAGCAGCUAUAAAAGUAGGAAAUAGUUGAUUAGGACCACUAAAUCGCAGACGUAAAAGGCAAUUUCAGAGCCUGUCUAUAGUGAAGAAACAAGUGGCGAUCAUAGCGUUUGAAAGAAACAAAGUUUGAGCUGAAGCAGUACUCUGAUAGAUAAAUUGAAACCCCGCAACCAGCCAUGCAACCCCUCGGUGCCGUGCUGCUGACCGUCCUCCUCGGAGCUCUCGUCCAUGGACAAGAUACUUGUAUCAGCGCCCCAUGCCAGCAAAGCGGAGUCUGUGUAGUGAAACCCAACGGAGCUCCAUUCUGUGAAUGUACAGAAUCUAAUGAAGGAGAAUUUUGUGAAAUCCCAUCAGUUGGAGCAUGUGGCGACCUUACACGAAACUUCUACGGUGCCAAAAAAGGAAUCGUCACCUCCCAGGACUUUCCCAGCCCAUAUCCAAAUAGCCAAAACUGCCCCUAUUUCAUCGGAGCUGCUGACUCCAAGAAGAUAGAGAUAACUUUCAACUUUCUCCAGUUGGAGGAUGGUAAGGAUGAACUGGCCAUCGGGAUGGGUCCAGUGGCUGACUUCCAGAUAGCUACCUACACCUUUGACUUGUCUGAGUAUAACCCACUCCCAGAACCGAUUGAGAUGGUUGGAGACAGAAUGUGGAUGAAUCUUUUCACUGAUCAAAAUCAGCAGAGGAUGGGCUUUAACAUCAGCUAUAGAAUAGACGGCGACGAAUGUACACCGAACCUCUGCCCACCGGGAGAAAUGUGCACUGAUUUGGAAUAUUACUACACCUGCACAAAUAUCCAGACAGGGAUGUGCACCCCAAACGCCUGUCAGAACAGCGGAGUGUGUAGUGUGACUCCUGCUGGUGCGCCGUACUGCGCGUGCUUGGAGGGAUUCGAAGGAGAUUAUUGCCAAAUUAUCUCUCCCGGUAACUGUUCUGACGUCACACGGAAUUUCUACAACCAGCGAGAUGGUCAGAUAGCGUCUCCAAACUUCCCCAUGAACUACCCAAACAACGAGGACUGUGCCUACUUCAUCGGUACCCCAGACGCCAAGAAAAUAGAGUUCACUUUCCACUCUCUUGGUCUACAGGCAUCGAGAGACAAUGUCACAAUCGGGAGUGGGCCCUUUGUUGACGGUGCCGCGAGUUUGGUAUCGUACAGCAUGCCGUCUGGCUCGCCGUUGCCGGGGCCCCUUACCGUGAUGGGGAACAAGGCGUGGCUUAAUCUGGUGACGGACGCUGUAGACCAGAAUACGGGAUUUAACGUAACAUGGAGAAUAGACGGAGACGAGUGUUUGCCGAAACCUUGCUUGCCAGGAGAAACUUGCAUUGACAUCGAAUUUGGCUUCACUUGUGAUAAGCCAAUCGCAUUAUCAUGCAACCCCAAUCCCUGCAAGCAGAAUGCAGUGUGUGACCCCAAACCAAGUGGCAGCCCUUACUGCCAGUGUCCUGUGGAUUACCAAGGCGAUUACUGCCAGACUGAAAUCGUUUCUAGUUGCAAUGACCCAAACCGGAACUUCUACGGUCAGAGACAGGGUGUCAUAACCUCCCCCGGUUUCCCCACCCCUUAUCCAAACAACCAAGACUGCAGUUACUUCGUCGGGGUCCCUGACGCCAAGAAAGUCGAAAUCACCAUAAACGCAUUGAGUCUGGAGGGAGUUGAUGAAUUGACGAUCGGCAAUGGUUCACUCGCUGACUAUCGGGAGAAUCUGCGAUCGUUUGGAGCAGAGGGUUUGAAUGCGACCAUGGGGAUGCCGGUUACCUUUGAGGUACCAGGGGACAGGGCGUGGUUGAAUCUGUACACAGAUGUGUUUAAUACACGAGAAGGAUUCAGUGUCAGCUAUAGGAUAGAUGGCGACGAGUGCCUCAGUAACCCAUGUUUGACCGGACAGAAGUGCGUUGACCUGGAAUACGAAUUUGCCUGCCAAGUGGAUGGAAGACCACCAGUAACCACAACUGCCCCUACCACCACACCUGAAGCCGCCUCCCCUGCCUCGGUGACCAAUGCCCCGGUUACAACCACUCCGGCCCCGGCAACCACUGAGGCGGCAGACGACUCAGAGUCCAGCGAAGAAACAGGCGGUGCAUCCCUCGGUGGUGGUCGUGGUGAUGGGGAUGAUGAUGAUGAUGACGAGUCUCAGGAACAAAAUGGUGGUGGCAACGCACAGCGGCCGCAAAAGCCAAAGAAGAACAGUUACCGAAGACGUACACAGCGCCGCAGACAGCAGAGAAAGAGACCUAACAGUAACAGACGUGGUGGGGACUAACAAGAACACACCAUAAUAUCGUCGUCAUGCAAACAAAGUUCUCAAUCGGCAAUAAAUAUCAAACCGCCUUCUUUAUGCUGCUGUUGGCUAUAUAAAGGUUUUGAAAAUAUGUUGUUUUACAGGUCUUUUUACCAAGUAAACAACGUGACCAAUUCAAUGUUUUUUUUUAAAGACGCACUUCAGGCCCGUGCAAAAGCCCUAUUUUCUACUUUUGGUUACCAUUUUUUAUUAACGGCCUACAACUUUUGAUUAGAAACACAUACAGUAUAUUUCGAAUAUAUAAAGCAUUUUGAGAAAUAUUACCUUCAAAGUAGUUAUAUAAAAGAUAUUCAUAUCACAAAAAUUUAAUAAGAAGCGCCCGUGUAUUCCUGCACAUGGAUUAUUCUUCAAUGGUGUGUGGACAUUCGCUCCGGAUUUUCGGCGAUGUCCCCAAGACGCGACCACCUUUUAAAAUGAAACUUUUCAAAGAUUAUUUUUAAUCUACAUUAUAUAGGAUUAAAACGACCAAACUGUUCCAAAAACCAAGCCUUCAAGACAACUUUUUGUAUAUUACUAAUUACCGUUUAACGUGAUUGUUGUUGUUACUGUUUUUCAUAUAUUGUUCUGACGUCUUUUGUUAUUUAUACAUUAACGAAUAAUUAAUAGAAUCAAAUCAAACUUGCAUGUGCCCGGGUAUCCGUGGGUCAUAAUGAUUGUGUUUUUCAAUGACGAUUGUAGAAAGAAAUACAAUGUGAAUGCAAAACAGAGCCAGUUGUAUACUAUUUUGCAAUACAAUAAUUAUAUACGCAGAUAGAUGAAAUAAUAAAGAUACAGUUAUUAAGUUGAAUUUCUA